AUGAUAAAGAGGAUGAUCUCGUUGAUGAUGCUGUGCUGUUGCCUUUGCUGGUCCAAGCCAUACACAGAUGGCAUGUGUGCUGGAUCACAUUUCUGCUCAUUCAAUUGUACCACUCGCUUUUUCUUGUGUCUGGGCAACAAGAUUCAUGAGAUGUCAAGAAAUAUUCCAACAAAUACCACAUUUGUGGAGAUCAAACUGACUCAGAUCAGCGUGUUGCGACAAGCAGCCCUCUCUGAACUACAUGAGCUGAAGAGAAUAGUGGUGUCGGAGAACGGUGCCCUUGAGCGAAUUGAAGCCUUUGCCUUCUCCAACCUUACAGAGCUUCAGGAAAUAACUAUUACAAAAUCAAAAAACCUUGUCAUUCACAAAGAUGCCUUCUGGAGACUUUCAAAGCUGCGGUAUCUGACUAUAUCAAACACUGGUCUUAAAAUCUUACCUGAUUUCUCGAAGAUCAACUCUGCUGUUCUUGAAUUUCUGUUUGAUCUACAGGAUAACAUGCACAUAGAGAGAAUUCCUAGUAAUGCUUUCCUCGGAUUGACCAGUGCCACCAUAACUGAACUGAGACUGACAAAGAAUGGUAUACGUGAGAUAGACAGCUAUGCAUUUAAUGGCACCAAAAUUGAAAAGCUCUUUCUCAUGGGAAACCAGCAGCUUAGUCAUAUCCACAGUUAUGCCUUUAUAGGAGCCGAAGGCCCCAUCGUUCUGGAUAUCUCACGUACUGCAGUCCACAUCCUGCCGGAAAGCAUGUUGAGGACCCUCAAGCUCCUGACAGCCAUCUCUGUCUACUCUCUCAAGACGCUUCCCAGCCUGGCGCUGUUUGCUGAGCUCACCCAGGCCAACCUGACCUACCCCAGCCACUGCUGUGCCUUUAAAAACUUCAAAAGGAACAAGUCUGAAAAGAAUCAAAUGUGUAACGAUCCUGGUGCCCUCCACCUGGAGCCAUAUUUUUACCAAGACUACUGUAAAGAUGUGAUAGAAGUGACCUGCUACCCCAAACCAGACGCAUUCAACCCCUGUGAGGAUAUCAUGGGCUUUACUUUCCUACGAGUUCUUAUCUGGUUCAUCAGUGUGCUGGCCAUUGUGGGCAAUUCUGCUGUUCUCCUGGUGCUCCUCACAAGCCACUACAAACUGACUGUUCCCAGGUUUCUAAUGUGUCACCUGGCUUUCGCAGACUUUUGCAUGGGCAUUUACCUGUUGAUCAUCGCCGCCAAGGACAUCCACACCCAGUCGCUCUACUACAACUAUGGUAUAGAAUGGCAGACAGGGGCAGGUUGCCGUGCGGCAGGCUUCUUCACGGUUUUUUCCAGUGAACUAUCCGUCUACACUCUAACUGCCCUCACCCUUGAGCGCUGGUACACUAUCACUUACGCAAUGCAGCUGGAACGCAAGCUGCGUCUGCGCCACGCCUGCAUAGUUAUGGCUGCGGGCUGGCUUUUCGCCCUGCUGACUGCUCUGAUGCCCAUGUUGGGAGUGAGUAGCUACAGAAAGACCAGCAUCUGCCUGCCCAUGGAUGUAGAAACAGCACUCUCACAGGGUUAUGUGGUACUGUUGCUCUUCCUCAACGUUACUGCUUUUCUGGUUGUCUGCGUCUGUUACCUGCGCAUCUACCUGACCGUCCACAAUCCCGCCUUUGUUCCUGCCAAUGCGGACAUGCGCAUAGCGAAACGUAUGGCCGUGCUUAUCUUUACCGACUUCCUGUGCAUGGCGCCCAUCUCUUUCUUUGCCAUCUCUGCAGCCUUAAAACAACCACUCAUCACCGUCUCUUAUGCCAAAUUCUUACUGGUGUUCUUUUACCCUAUAAAUUCCUGCUCUAACCCGUUUCUCUAUGCGUUCUUCACCAAAACAUUCAAGAGGGAUUUCUUCAUUCUAACAAGCCGUUUUGGCUGCUUUAAAACUCGUGCCCAAAUUUACCGCACAGAGAUCUCUUCGGGGCAAAAUGGAGCUAUGUUGCCUUCACCAAAGACUAGUGAUGGAACACUGUACUCCCUGGUGCACAUGGAAAAAAGUGCACUGACCCAGAAUUCAGGUGUGACAAAUUGAAGUUAUAUGCUGCUUGGCCAAGCAGGCAAAAUGAGGAAAAAUAAAGCAAUACAGUGAAAUCCUGCUAUGGACACAGAUUGCUGAUAUGAAAUUCAUGCAAGGCAUCACAUUCCAAUGGAAAUAAUGUUGUGAACUAGUGCUUGACCUCUCCUAAAAUAUUACACCAUACACAA